CAUGGCUUCCUGCAUCUGUAUUGUCCACUCUGAGCAACGGCCAUUGAUGACCUUUGACGCCACUGAGAGUGACAAAGUGAAGAAGAUAAAUGAACAUAUCAGAUCCCAAACCAAGGUUUCUGUGCAUGACCAGAUCCUUCUGCUAGGCUCCAAGAUCCUCAAGCCCCAGAGAAAACUGUCAUCUUAUGGCAUUGACAAGGAAACAACCAUCCACCUCACUCUGAAGGUGGUGAAGCCUAGUGAUGAAGAGCUGCCCUUGUUUCUGGUGGAGUCAAGCAACGAGGGGCAAAGACACCUCCUCCACGUUGGAAGAUCCAGCUCAGUGGCCCAGGUGAAAGAGAUGAUCGAGAGGGUGACUGCCGUGAACCCCAAGACUCAGAUUGUGACUUGCAAUGGAAAGAGGCUGGAAGAUGGAAAGAUCAUGGCUGACUACAACAUCAGGAGGGGCACUUUGCUCUUUCUGACAAUGCACUGCAUUGGGGGGUGA